CUGUGCGCUGAGCAUGCGCACACGCUGCCUCAGUGCUUCCUUCAACUUGAUAAGAAUGGUGGGCGAAGCGCGCCUGGUCGUUGUAGGUUAGCUAAAGUGACUUCGAAAGCUGCGUACAAGUUCAAAAGGUCGGCCAAAACUUAAUGGAAAAUACUGGCCUGCACCUCUCAGACGACACCAUUACUGGAAUGCUGGACACUGAGUCCCCUGCCAUGGAGAGCAAUGGGGAUGCUUUUCUUCCUGACCUUCCUGUUCUAGGCCAAGCUACUGACUGGUCCCUGGACCAGGUUGCUCCAGAGCCACUCACCAACAUCUUGCCAGAGGACUCAGAUGCGUCCCACGAUGCUGGGGGCCAACAGCAGCAACCGAACCAGCAGAUGACUUCUACAGAGCUGGGAUCUGUGGAGAAGGCGGUGGAGCAGUUUCAGCUGGCCAGUGCUCAGCUCAUGCUAGAGGAACAGCCGACAGAAGAAACAGAACAGCCAUCAGAACAUAAAGCAGAUUCUGUGGACUCUCAGCAACAGAGCCAGGAGAUGAGUGUAGAGCCAGAGGCUCAUGUACAGGAUAGCAGUCAAGAUGGGACUGAGGCACCACAGGUGAUGGAGGAUGGCAUGGAGCUGGAAGAACCAUCCAAAGAGACAACACAAGAAUCAACUGUUCCCACAGAACCACAGCUGCCCAGUGAUUUUGAAAAACUCUUUAAAGGCUGUGAGGAGAACCCAGAGGACUUCAAUGGUUGGGUCUACCUACUUCAGUAUGUGGAGCAAGAGAAUGUCCUUACAGCUGUGAGAAAGGCAUUUGAUGUAUUCUUCCUGCGCUAUCCCUACUGCUAUGGCUACUGGAAGAAGUAUGCCGAUAUAGAGAAAAAGCAUGACAAUAUACAGGUUGCAGAAGAGGUGUACAGAAGAGGACUGCAGGCCAUCCCCCUCAGUGUGGACCUGUGGCUGCACUACCUGACUUACAUCAAAGAGAACUCAGACCCUAGUGACCCAGAGACUGAGGGACGCAUUCGAGCUGCCUAUGAACAUUCAGUGCUUGCGGCAGGCACAGACUUUCGCUCAGACCGUCUGUGGGAGUCCUUCAUCAACUGGGAGACAGAGCAGCAGAAGCUGGCUAACGUCACCGCCAUCUUUGAUCGCAUCUUGGGCAUCCCAACCCAGCUAUAUUCCCAGCACUUCCAGAGGUUCAAAGAUCAUGUGCAGAACAACAACCCCAAACACUUCUUGUCAGAGGAGGAGUUUGUUCAGCUGAGGCUCGAGCUCUCUAAAGCCAGCUUAGUGGCGAUGGUCGGCAAUGAUGAAGAGACACCUGCUGCUCAGGAGGAGCUACCACCUGGUACAGAGGAUCUUGCGGAUCCUGCUAAGAGAGUGACAGAGAUCGAGAACAUGCGACACAAAGUGAUCGAGGUUCGGCAGGAAGUGUUCAACCACAACGAACACGAAGUCAGCAAGCGCUGGGCCUUUGAGGAAGGGAUUAAGAGGCCAUACUUCCAUGUCAAAGCCUUAGAGAAGACCCAGCUGAACAACUGGAAGGAAUACCUGGACUUCGAGAUCGAAAAUGGAACUCCGGAGCGCGUGGUUGUUCUUUUUGAACGAUGCCUCAUCGCUUGUGCUCUCUACGAGGAGUUCUGGACCAAGUAUGCAAAAUAUCUAGAGAGCUACAGCACUGACGGUGUGAGACAUGUCUACAAGAAGGCCUGUACCACCCAUCUGCCCAAGAAACCAGCCAUCCACUUGCUGUGGGCAGCUUUUGAGGAGCAGCAAGGCAACGUAGAGGAGGCUCGUGGCAUCCUGAAGUCCCUGGACAUGGCAGUCCCAGGUCUUGCCAUGGUACGCCUUCGGAGGGUCAGUCUGGAGCGUCGCCAUGGUAACUUGGAUGAAGCAGAGGCGCUGUUAAGGGAGGCCAUGGAGUCUGCGAAGAAUGCUACUGAGACAUCGUUCUAUGCUGUGAAGCUGGCAAGGCAGCUGGUGAAGGUGCAGAGAAGUCUGAGCAAAGCCAGGAAGGUGCUGCUGGAUGCUAUUGAAAAAGACCAGAUGAGUCCAAAACUGUAUCUAAACCUGCUUGAGCUGGAAUACAGUGGAGAUGUGACACAGAACGAGGCAGAGAUCUUGGCUUGUUUCGACCGAGCCCUGAAGAGCCCGAUGCCCCUUGAAUCCCGCCUCCUCUUCUCCCAGCGCAAGGUCGAGUUCCUGGAGGACUUUGGCAGUGACAUCAAUGUGCUUGUGGCGGCAUAUGAGGAACAGCAGAAACUACAGAAAGAAAGUGAACCCACAAAGAGGAAAGCUGAGAACGGGUAUGACAGUUCUCAGGAACCUGAUGCAAAGAGACAGCGUGUGGAUGACAGUUCCUCAGGUGCAGCUAACGCAAUGACAGACAUGCAGGCAAACAACUCUGCAUAUAACUACAACUGGUACCAGCAACAAUAUGGCGGUUGGGGACAAAACUCCUGGGGGCAGUACAACCAAUAUGCCCAGUACAACCAGUACUACCCCCCUCCUCCUACAUGAUGGACAGAAUCCUGACAUGAAGAUGGAGACUCAGAGGAAAUCAUCCUUUCUGACCUGCCUACAUCUUUGAACAGGGCUUCUUAACAGAGUGUCAUGGAUAUUUCAAUCCAACCACAGAAGCUGAUUUGUUCCUUCUUUCUGGUUUAGAGUGUGCUUAUCAGUUAAAUUACACUUUGUAGCCAUUGGUUGGAGUAUAAUAAACUCGGCCCUUCUUGGCAGUCAUGCCGGCCAGUCAUGUUUAAAAAAAGAUUAAUUGCUACAUUCAUCAUCUCCAACACUGGCUGUUUCUUUGGGGUUCUUUAAUGCAUGUUAUUUGUGAAGGCAGAGUUAUUUUUCCUUGUGUGACAAAGGCUUUUUAAUUUUUAGAUCGGAUGACUUAGUUUGGUCUCUUUCUUUGUGUUUAAGAUUUAAACUUGUAAAGGAGGCAUGCAUUGAUGCACCUCUGAGUAAUGUUUCUCCAUCCCAAACCUAAAGAUUUUUAAUAUUUCAUGGUUAUGUUUCGAUAAAGAGAAAUGAAGAAUUCCUCAUUUUUUUUAUUUUGACUUGAUUUCCUAAUAAAGAGAUUGAUAUCCUGAA